UGAAAACCUUGCCAGUAAGUGGACUGGCUACUCUUAAUUGACCCUAGGUCCUAUCCAAUGUCUAUACCUACCUUGGGCCCAGGAUGGUAAAAUGGUGGCUCAGUGGUUAAGGCUUUGGCUUACUGAUCAAAUGAUUGAGUUCAAAUCACAGCAGUGCUAAGAAGCCAUGUUUGGGUCCUUGAACAAGACCCUCAACUGCUCAGUGGUAUCCUGUGUCAUGCUGGAUAAAAGCAUCAGCCAAAUGAGCAAAUGUAAAUACUUCCAGGACAGGUUCUUGCAAAAGUCAGUGCUAAUGCACUGUUAGCUUGAAGAUAAAAAAAAAAAAAAAAAAAAAAAAAAGGUACAAGUAUCCACAUGCUAUCACAGAAUGGUUUGGUAUUGUGAUAUCACCUUUUACAAGUUCUGGAAUUAUUUACCAGGCUGUUUAUUAUUGAAAUAAAGUGAGGAGGAGCAGAGCAUGCAGAGAAAUGUCUGUUAUCUACUCACAAACUGAAGUGUAUCAUAUUCUUGAUGUGCUGGGGAAUGGCACGUUUGGAAAAGUAGUAAAAUGCCGGAGACAGAGCGACGGAGAGCUGGUGGCUGUCAAAAUUAUGAGUUACAAUGCCAUUGGGAGCCAGUUGAUCAAAAAUGAGCUGAAGCUGAUCGCCACCAUGUUACGGUCCAACCUCAAGACGAGUCAUAUAGUUCACUUUUUUGAGGCUUUCUGUGACCCAUCUCAGCACUACUUGGUGUUUGAGAUGCUGGAAAAAAACCUAUACGAGCUGCAAAAGGAGAACGGUUUCAGGCCUUUACCUGUGCGCAACAUCAGGACUGUUACUUGCCAGAUGCUGACAGCAUUAGCUAAACUCAGAGAACUGGCCAUCAUUCACGCCGACCUCAAACCUGAAAACAUCAUGAUUGUUAAUCAGCAACGCUUUCCAUUCAGGGUCAAACUGAUUGAUUUUGGCUCAUCCAGCAUUUUCAGUGAAGUGCGCUUUGUCAAAGAGCCCUACAUCCAGUCCAGAUUUUACAGAGCUCCAGAGAUUCUCCUUGGACUUCCCUUCUGUGAAAAGGUGGACAUGUGGUCCCUAGGCUGUGUGAUGGCUGAGCUUUAUUUAGGAUGGCCUCUUUAUCCAGGCGAAUCUGAGUUUGAACAAGUGCGCUACAUCUGUGAGACUCAGGGCCUUCCACAUUCUCAUCUGCUGAACAUAGCUACAAAAACCAAUCUGUUCUUCCAACUUACCAUAGACCAACAUGGUGCACCUGCAUGGGAACUGAGACCUUCAAUGCAGGGUCCUAAUGGAGAAAUCGCUGAGCAUCGUAAAUAUAUCUUCAGUUCUCUGGACCAGCUAUGCAACUUGAAUAUCACAAAGGAUAACAAGACAUUCUGCAGUGAGGAUGAGGCUGCUGAGAUCACAGACUGCCACUAUAUGGUCGAGCUGAUCAAACGAAUGCUGGCCUUCAUCUCCCAUCAGCGAAUAAACCCAGAUGCAGCCCUGAGACACUCAUUCAUCACGCUCACGCAUCUGGACUCCCCAGACACUCAAAGUUAUUAUGAUCUGUCACUCUGGGAGCUGCAGAAAGCACUGAUCCAGACAUCAUCUCCAGGUCACAGAGUAAAAAACUGCAACCCAAAAGCAGAGCAGGAAACAGGCAAUUUGGGGAGACUAAAAGAGGAGUAACAAGCAUGGAUGUGCAAGCCAUUAACAUCUCUACUGAAAAGUGAACUGAAUCAAAGCACUGACAACUGGACGUGACACAGACAUUUGAUGUUAAAUGCCAUCAUUGUGAUAGUACACUAAAGCAGAAAUCAUUCACACUCAAGUAGAAAUCUUCAAUAUGUAGGUGAAAUAAAGUAACCUGUUUUACAGCCAAAGCAAGAACGCAGUCUUAAUGGACAGUACACAUAAGUAGAAUUGAAAUUUAGAGUGUAUUCACAUUAUGGGGAGAGUUUAGACAGAUGGGAAAACUAUAUUUAAGCAAUAUAAAAGAUUAAUAAUAAUAAUAAUAACAAUAAUAAUAAUAAUAAUAAUUUCUAAUUAGUCAUGGGUAUAUUGUGGAACAAGACAACAAUCUAAAAAAAUAAGGCAAAGUGAACAGAACAGUAGUUUGCACACAAAAAAACCUCAAAAAGUCAAAGUUUCAUCAUAAUAUUGAUCUAAGCAAGAUGUCAUGAAUAAUUGGCAGAAAUUGGCUAAAACAUCUGGCAGACUUAAAACAGAUAUACUAGGAAGAAUAGAGGGUGAGUAUUUCAGCUGAGAUCACCCAAAACCUAUUUAAAGGGCAGAAAAAAAGUGAUUGAAGGCAUUUAUAAAGGCAUAAUAUUACUACCAUUACUAGCCAGAGAAUAUUUACUUUAAUUUAUA